AUGGCGCCGGAUGCCUGUCCCGCAGCCCCGGGGCCGACACUGUCCUUCACCCAGGGCUUCAUCUUCGGGCAGAUCUCCAUCGUCAUCCUGCUCGGCAUAUUCAUCAAAUUCUUCAUUUUUGGCGACCCACCCUCUCCCGAUGCUACCGCUACGAUACGAGCGACUGAGCGACGGUCGCGCACACUUGCCCACAAGAAAUCACUGUUGAGCCUGCGGGAAUCGAACACCCGACCAGCGGGCCAACAAGCAACCCUUACCAAGAAGAAAUCAAGCAUCCUCCGCCCCAGCCCGCCGACCCUGACGAUUGGCUCUAUCCUCGACAAGACAUACUACAAGGUCGACAGUCAUCAGCCCGAAAGUCUGGACUGGUUCAAUGUGUUGGUGGCCCAGACGAUCGCGCAGUUUCGGAGUGACGCCCAACACGACGAUGCAAUCCUCACAUCGCUCACAAAAGCCCUCAAUGGAACCUCACGUCCCGACUUUGUGGACGAGAUUCGCGUCACGGAGCUGAGCUUGGGGGAAGAUUUCCCCAUCUUCAGCAACUGCCGCGUUAUGCCGGUGGACGAAGAUGGCCUCAGCUUCCAGCCGGGCAAGGCCUUUGAUGCGAACAUGGCCACCCGAGAAGGGGCGCGGUUGCAGGCGCGGAUGGAUGUAGAUUUGAGUGACUUGAUCACAUUGGCCGUGGAGACCAAAUUGCUUCUCAACUAUCCAAAGCGCCUCAGUGCGGUUCUGCCCGUAGCCUUGGCUGUGUCAGUUGUGCGUUUCAGCGGCACGCUGUCCAUCUCGUUUGUUCCGAGCAACCCGUCUGAGAAUACGCCAACAAAGAUGACAUUCACCUUCCUUGACGACUACCGGUUGGACUUUUCCAUCCGCAGCUUGAUGGGCAGCCGUUCCAGGCUGCAAGACGUACCCAAAAUUGCGCAGCUGGUCGAGUCGCGCCUCCAUCGCUGCCCUUUUAAACUGAUCUUUUCCAUCCUCAUAUCCUACCCGCUUGCUGGUCUACUGAAGCGUGUUCCUGACGCGCGCCCUGCGUACAAGAACCUGUUUUCGCUUAGUAUUUCGAUAUUCUUCCUUGUUGGACUAUUCGACCUUUGGGAUGGCAUACAGACGUUGGUCAUAUCCGCAGGUGGCGCUUAUGCCAUCGCUAAGUUCCUGCGCGGCUCCGUGUACAUGCCGUGGGUUGGCUUCGUCUUCUUGAUGGGACAUAUGAGCGUAAACCAUAUCGCGCGCCAGGCCGCGAAUAGCCCGCGCUCGGUCGACAUCACAGGAGCCCAGAUGGUGUUGGUCAUGAAACUGACGGCCUUUUGUUGGAACGUGGCAGAUGGCUUGUUGCCCGAGGCUGAGUUGUCCGAUAUUCAAAAGAACCGCCGUUUGACAGAGUUGCCGGACCUACUCGACUACGCCGGCUUUGUGUUCUUUUUCCCUAGCCUGCUAACCGGUCCCGCUUUCGACUUUGCUGAGUACCGUCGAUGGCUGGAUACUACCAUGUUCGAGGUGCCCUCCAAUGUCGACCCGGCUAAGAAACCGCCUACCCGCCGCAAGCGCAAGAUCCCACGAAGCGGCACACCGGCCAUGAUCGGCCUUGUGACUGCUCUAGCUUGGAUCUUUGCGUUCCUCAAGCUGUCUGCCUAUUUCAGUCACGAGAUUCUACUCGAAGACAGCUUCUUGCAAUACGGGUUCCUCCACCGUCUGUUCCUCCUGCACAUGGUCGGCUUUACCGCCCGCACUAAAUACUACGGUGUCUGGACGUUGUCCGAAGGCGCCUGCAUCCUCGCCGGGCUGGGCUAUAACGGAGUCGAUCCCCUGACGGGUAAGGUCUCCUGGGACCGUCUCCGGAACAUCGACCCCUGGGGUGUCGAGUUUGCACAGAAUACGCGAGGCUACCUGGAAGGGUGGAACAUCAACACCAACAAGUGGCUACGCAACUACGUCUACCUGCGCGUCACGCCACGGGGUAAAAAGCCUGGCUUCCGCGCCAGCCUCGCGACCUUCACCACAUCCGCCUUUUGGCACGGGUUUCACCCGGGUUACUACCUCUCGUUUGUUCUAGCUUCGUUUAUCCAAACUGUCGCCAAGAACAUGCGCCGCAACUUCCGCCCAUUCUUCAUCGACCCAAAGACCGGCGCUAGCCUGCCGACCAAGAAGUACUACGACGUCCUCUCCUGGCUCACCACGCAGCUCACCUUCUCCUUCGCCGUGGCUCCCUUCCUCAUCCUAUCCUUCUCCGACUCCAUCCAGGUCUGGAGCCGCGUCUACUUCUACGCCAUCAUCGGCACCGCCGGCCUGAUAGCCUUCUUUGCGUCCCCCGCCAAGGCCUUCCUUAAGAAGAAAAUCGAGAAGCGGAAUCUCAAGGCUGGCGUCGCUCCGAAAGGUGCUGCUCCUGCCUCUGGUGCGGCUGCUGCGGCUGCUGCUAAAGGCGACAAGCUCAGCCGGACGACGAGUUCGGAUAGCCUGGCGUCGCAGACGCCUGUUUUGGGCGUUACGCAGGAUUUGGGUAAGGAGUUGGAUGAUGCGAUGAGUGAGAUUCGGGCUUUUGAAGCGAGCCAGGGCUGGGAGAACCUGAAGAAGAAGGAAUGA